AGGUCUGUCUACGAUGGGGAGGAGCAUGGACGCUUCAUGGAAAAGCUGGAUGCUCGUAUCCGGAAUCACGACCGGGAGAUUGAGAAAAUGUGCAACUUCCAUUACCAGGGUUUUGUGGAUGCCAUCACAGAAUUUUUAAAAGUCCGAGCAGAAGCCCAGAAGCUUAAGAAUCAAGUGAUGGACACUAACAGAAGACUGCAGAUGGAAAGCAAGAAACUGGUGGGAGCCAUGGAAGAGCUGAAACAGUGUCGCCUCCAGCAGCGGAAUAUUUCUGUGACGGUGGACAAGCUCACACAGUGCCUUCCCGUUCUGGAGAUGGAUAGCAAGUUAAGAGAGCAAAUGAAGUCCAAAAGACACUAUCCUGCGCUGAAGACCUUGGAGCACCUGGAGCACACCUACUUACCCCAAGUGAGCCACUACCGCUUCUGCAGGGUCAUGGUGGACGACAUUCCUAAACUGCGCGAGGAGAUCAAGGAAGCUUCCAUGUCUGACCUCAAAGACUUUCUGGAGAGCAUCCGCAAGCAUUCAGACAAGAUUGGUGAGACAGCCAUGAAACAGCCCCAGCAGGAGAGGAACCUGGAGAAGAUCACGUCUCAGCCCUUCAAAGCUCUUGGCCGACGAGUCCGGAAGGAGGCGCAUGCCACGAGCUCGGACCCAGAGGUCAGGACCGCCAGCCCCCAGUCGGAGCAGGAUUCUGGCAUCUUGGAUGUCGAGGAGGAAGAGGAGGAAGAGGAAGAGGUGCCCGGCGCCCAGGACUUGGUGGACUUCUCACCGGUAUACCGCUGUUUGCAUAUCUACUCAGUCUUGGGGGCCAGAGAAACCUUUGAGAGCUACUACCGGAAGCAGCGGAGGAAGCAGGCCCGGCUGGUGCUGCAGCCUCCCUCCAACAUGCAUGAAACUCUGGAUGGCUAUCGGAGAUAUUUUAAUCAAAUCGUAGGCUUCUUUGUCAUUGAGGACCACAUCCUGCACACAAGUCAAGGCUUGGUGGACAGAGCCUACAUUGACGAACUCUGGGACAUGGCCCUGUCGAAAACCAUUGCUGCACUCCGGACCCAUUCGUCCUACUGCUCUGAUCCCAACCUUGUCCUGGACCUGAAAAACCUCAUUGUACUUUUUGCUGAUACACUCCAGGGCUAUGGCUUUCCGGUCAACCAGCUCUUUGACUUACUGCUUGAAAUCUGGGAUCAAUAUAGUGAGACCCUGCUGAAAACCUGGGCAGGAGCCUUUCGAGCCAUCCUGGAUUCAGACAACUACAGUCCCAUCCCCGUGGGCAGCGAAGGCGCCUAUCAGGAGGUGGUGAGGCAGUUUCCGUUCCACGAUGCGGAGCUGGAGAAGCAACCCUUCCCCAAGAAGUUUCCCUUCUCCGAGUUUGUGCCUCGUGUUUACACCCAGAUCAAGGAGUUUAUCUACGCUUGCCUCAAGUUCUCCGAAGAUCUUCAUCUCAGCUCCACUGAGGUUGAUGACAUGAUCCGGAAAUCGACCAAUCUGCUGCUAACUCGAACUCUGAGCAACUGUUUGCAGAAUGUUAUUAAGAGGAAGAACGUUGGCCUGACGGAGCUGGUCCAGAUUAUUAUCAACACGACACACCUGGAGAAAUCCUGCCGGUUCCUUGAGGAAUUCAUCACCAACAUCACCAACGUCCUUCCAGAAACGGUCCACACGACCAAGUUGUACGGAACCACCACCUUCAAGGACGCCCGACAUGCAGCAGAGGAAGAGAUCUACACAAACUUGAACCAGAAGAUUGACCAGUUCCUGCAGCUGGCAGACUAUGACUGGAUGGCCACGGAGGCCGGCUCCAGGGCCAGCGACUACCUGGUGGACCUCAUUGCCUUCCUGCGCAGCACCUUUGCGGUGUUUACUCACCUGCCUGGCAAAGUGGCCCAGACCGCCUGCAUGUCUGCCUGCAAGCACUUGUCCGCCUCCCUGAUGCAGCUGCUCUUGGAAGCCGAAGUGAGGCAGCUCUCGCUGGGGGCCCUGCAGCAGUUCAACCUGGACGUGGCGGAGUGUGAAGAGUUUGCCAGAUCCGGGCCGGUGCCUGGGUUCCAAGGGGAGACGCUGCAGUUGGCCUUCAUUGACUUGAGACAACUCUUAGAUUUGUUCCUGCAGUGGGACUGGUCGACCUACCUGGCUGACUACGGGCAACCGACCUGCAAGUACCUCCGGGUCAACCCGACAACGGCGCUGGCCUUGCUGGAGAAGAUCUCCCGAGAGAUGAAGGACACCAGCCGAAAGAACAACGUCUUCGCCCAGUUCCGGAAGAACGAGAGAGAGAAGCAGAAGCUGAUAGACACGGUGGCCAAGCAGCUGCGUGGCCUCAUCAACAGCCACCACUCUUGAAGGGGGCCGGCCAGACUGGGGGUUUGGGGACCCCCCCUUUGGAACCUGCGUGGCCCCCACCCACCCAAAUGCACCCUCUGAUGAGAGGAAGUGGCUCCUGAUGUGGAAUCCUCACAGGGCCCUUCUGUGUGCAGACUGGCUUUCCUUUUUGAGGGGACCGUAGGCUGUAGCCUCAGCUUCUUUGGGCAUCUUUCCAGCACCAGAGCCCCCAGUGUUUUUCCAACACGCGCCCCCCCUUCACCACCUGGUGAAGGUGGAACAUGGUCAGGAAGUCCCAACGCCCCAUCCUGGGGUGCUGGGUUGGGCUUUUGUCGGCGUGCCAUUUCAAAGCGGGACAGGGCGGAGCGGGGUGAAGGUUCGAGAGAGGCCGCCUGGUUCCUCUUGGCCGAGAGGCCCUUCCUUGGAUCGUCGGGUGGCCGCGUGCGGGCCAGAGGCAGGUCCCCGUGGCUGGGUUUUUGUGGUAGAGCUGUUCUUCCCCCUUCCACUUCUCCUCCUGGGGGGACAUCCAGCCUCACUCGUGUUCCUGCACGUUUGCAGA